AUGGACCCAGAAUCCCGUGCCCGGGUGGUCGCUGCAUGCCAGGUACCCCCCGCCCUCCGUCCGCCGCUACGCGCCGUGGCGACCGCCGCUGAUUUUGCCGUCGAGAGUCGUGAGAGACAUGCAGCUCUUUGCUGGCAACAGACGUGUCUUGCGGCGGGUGAGCAAGUUAUACCAAAGUGCGAUGUGACGAACGCGACUACGGUUUGUGUCUGCGCAAGCCCGCCGUCCAAAAAGGAACAAAUAAAACCAGCCAGUGCGGCUACUCUGGCGGAGUCUGCCAACACCAUCAAGGUCGAGUGCGCCACGCCAAAUACGUUUGUGCCGUCCGAUCCUCUGAGGGUCUGUGGUGGAGCGGAAACGAAGGAGCCACUGAAUGCUUGUAAAGGAGAAAGCGAAGAAAACGCAAAGGUAUUGCUCAGCAGCCUCUUAUCAGGAAGUGUGGCGAGCGAUACCAGAUGGACCUCCAGCGACAAGACUCACACCCUAACAAUUCCAUCGGCAAAUUUUCCCUUCGUAGACAAGAGUUUUUUCGUAGGCUGCGAACAAGACUCAAACUUUUGCUUGGUAUCUGUUAACCUGAGCGCAAGAAAAUCAGUCUUCCAAAAUCGAGUCCUCAGCUGCGCGUAUGGCAAAGACAGCAACACACUGCUGCCGGGAGUCACACUGGAUGCCAUUGAGAACUCCGUGACAAUCACCUGUGGCCGUGACGGAGUAAUGCCGUCAAAGGGGGACGUCCCCAUGAUUUUUUACUGCAAGGAUCCGACUACGAAUGACUGUACAUCAGAGGAGGAUCUUACUGAGAUCAUUCCAGGGUUCACCAAGGAUUGGUGGAAGGCAGAUGAGGACGGCCAUGGAGGCAAGCUUGUCGUACCCGAAAACGGAUUCCCCAGUGAACCCAUAACGAUUCUGCUUGGAUGCAACGCCAAAUCGUCUUCUGGUGUACAACUGGCAACCAAAACCGAGACCCAGAAAAUCACGUUGCCUACCUGCAGCGUGAAAGUUACUCUUGAUGCUCAAGUGACUACUUCAUCUGGCUUCAAAAGUUCAUUCGCUGGGAUUACUUUUGCUGCGUUGCCGCUUUUCUUUGCGCCGCUGUGA